AUGAAGGAGAGAUUGUGUGCUGGGGGCCAAGUUCCAUCAACUUGGAAACCUGCCCUUGAGGAUUCCUCAACAUUGGAGAUAUUUUUUGAUUAUUAUGCAAUGAAUCAACCAUUUUCCAAAGAGGCAUUGGAGUGCUUGUUGCGUCUUGCUUCUACCAGACGAUCUUUGUUUUCUGAUGAUACUGCCCGAUUAAAGUUUUUGUCACACUUAAUGCAGGGCACCAAAGAAAUUUUGCAAACUGGAAUAGGUCUUACUGAACACGAUAACUAUCACACAUUUUGUCGGCUUCUUAGCCGCUUUAAAGUAAAUUAUCAGUUAUCAGAACUUGUGAGUGCUGAAGGUUAUAGUGAUUGGAUACACUUAGUAGCAGAGUUUACCUUAAAAUCUUUGCAGUCUUGGAAGUGGGCUGGCAGCAGUGUUUACUACCUUCUAAAUUUAUGGUCUAAAUCAGUGACAUCUGUGCGCUAUCUCAAGAGUGACAAACCUAACCUGCUAGAGGAAUAUGUCCCUAAAGUUAUAGAAUGUUUUGUGUCAUCGAGAUUUGAUUCAUUACAGUCUGAACUAUCUGAUGAACUCGGUGAAGACCCACUUGACAAUGUUGAAGUACUUCAAGAUCAGCUUGAAUUUUUUCCUUACCUAUGUAGAUUUCAGUAUGAAGGUUGCAGUUCAUACUUAAUGAAGAUAGUGGAGCCUAUCAUGCAAAGCUAUAUGAAGGAAGCAAAUCUCCAAAUCCCCAUGGAUAGUUAUGAACUUUCUAUAACAGAGUCCAAACUUGCUUGGUUCACACACAUAGUUGCUGCAAUACUCAAGACAAAGCAGAUGUCUGGUUUUAGUGGAGAAUCACAUGAGAUACUCGAUGCAGAGAUUUCAGCAUGUGUUCUGCAAUUGGUAAAUAUUUCUGACAGUGGGAUUCACAAUAAGGUAUAUGAAUAUUCAAGGAUAAAAUUUGGUGUAUCUUAUAAUAUUUGAAAUGCUGCAUGAUCU